CCGAGUUCGAAUUCACUUUUGGCGCUCGCGCCUACUCGAUACCCCCCCUAAUCGUAGCUUGCGCCUUGUAUCACCAGUGCCCCUCCUCCGUUUCCGUCAACACCUUCUUCUCGACCACGACGCCGACGCCGACGACAACAACAACAACUUUCUACACUCAAUCUCCCCAGACAAUAACAGACACGACCGCCCACCAUGGCGUCCGCCAUUUUCUUUCUAGAUCUCAAGGGCAAGACCCUCCUUGCCCGUAACUACCGCGGUGAUAUUCCCAUGUCCGCCGUCGAAAAGUUCCCUAUUCUAUUAAGCGAAGCCGAAGAAGAGUCGUCCGCCGUACCACCAUGCUUUUCCCACGAGGGUAUCAACUACCUCUACAUCCGCCAUAAUAACCUGUACCUUCUCGCCCUCACAAAACGCAACACCAACGCCGCCGAGAUCCUGCUCUUCCUGCACAAGAUCGUCGAGGUCUUCACCGAGUACUUCAAAGCGUUGGAAGAGGAAUCGAUCCGGGACAACUUCGUCAUCAUCUACGAGCUCCUGGACGAGAUGAUGGAUUUCGGCUACCCGCAAACGACCGAGUCCAAGAUCCUGCAGGAGUACAUCACCCAAGAGUCGCACAAGCUCGAAAUCCAAGCGCGCCCGCCCAUCGCCGUCACCAACGCCGUCUCAUGGCGAUCCGAAGGCAUCCGCUACCGCAAGAACGAAGUGUUCCUCGACGUGAUCGAAUCCCUCAACCUGCUGGUCUCGGCCAACGGCAACGUCUUGCGCUCCGAAAUCCUCGGUGCCAUCAAAAUGAAGUGCUACCUCUCCGGCAUGCCCGAGCUGCGCCUGGGCCUAAACGACAAAGUCAUGUUCGAGACCACGGGGCGCACCACGCGGGGAAAAGCCAUUGAGAUGGAAGACGUCAAGUUCCACCAGUGCGUGCGCCUGUCGCGCUUCGAAAACGACCGCACCAUCUCCUUCAUCCCGCCCGACGGCGAGUUCGAGCUCAUGUCCUACCGCUUGAACACCCAGGUCAAACCCCUGAUCUGGGUCGAGUGCGUGGUCGAGUCCCAUUCCGGUUCGCGAAUCGAGUACAUGCUCAAAGCGCGCGCGCAGUUCAAGCGCCGCUCGACGGCCAACAACGUGGAGAUCAUUGUGCCGGUGCCCGACGACGCGGACACGCCGCGGUUCCGGACGAACGUGGGGAGCGUGCACUACGCGCCCGAGAAGAGCGCCAUCGUGUGGAAGAUCAAGCAGUUUGGCGGCGGCAAGGAGUUUUUGAUGCGCGCGGAGCUGGGUCUUCCUAGUGUGAGGGGCGACGAUGAGCACGGCGGUGGCAUGACGGGUGGAUUUGGUGGCAGUAUGGGUGGUGUCGGUGCCCCCGGGAAGGGAGCCAAGAGGCCGAUUCAGGUCAAGUUUGAGAUUCCAUAUUUCACCACGAGCGGGAUUCAGGUGCGGUAUUUGAAGAUUACGGAGCCAAAGCUACAAUACCCCUCCUUGCCUUGGGUCAGGUACAUUACGCAGUCAGGAGAUAUCGCCGUCAGAUUGCCUGACGCGGUAUGAACGACGAGGACUUGGAUACGGGCAAGAAGAAGCCUUUUUUUUUUUUUUAACAAACAACAGAUGGUGGAACAG